UCACUUCACCGGCUGUUUGGCCUUAAAUCAUGGGCAGGAAGCUGGACCUGUCUGGUCUGACCAACGAUGAGACCGAGCAUAUCCUCCGGGUGGUCCAGCGAGACUUCGAUCUUCGUCGGAAAGAGGAGGAGCGACUGAGGCUUCUGAAGACCCAAUCUCUAGAAUGGUUCUACAAUAGCGUGAAGAGCCGCUUCAGGCACUUUGGCAGCGCCAAGGUCCUGAAGAACCUGUACCGGAAGCACCGGCUGGAGAGCGGCACGUGCCUCGACCUCCUAGGAGGAAGCUUUUUUGAGGCGAACCUGGAGAAUGAAGGAAGUAUUUCAGGCAGUGACUCAACAUUUCAUAGGCAGUUGGAAGGUAAGGUUCCCAGGAGUUCACAACUAGGAAGACCAUACAUAGCGCAGGGUCUCCAGGUCACAUACUCAGCCAUCAAGACCUGUAGGUCUAGGGGAAUCAUCAUAAGAAAACAGAAGAGCAGAAGUGAGCAGCCAGUGGAAGAGGAGCCACAGUGGCCACAGCCGAGCAGCUCAAAGGCAGCCGGUGGGGGGGCCAUGGCCUCGCCAGGCAGCCUCCCAGCCUCCACCUUCUGGCGGUCCAGGUCUGCGUUCUCACUCACCAGGGAAGAUGCCCUGAAGAACUCAUCCGUGGAGACUGCAUCGAGGCUGCCGAAGGGCCGGGGCCAGCAGCCGAGGGAGGAGCUGGCGCUGCCUGGCUGGAAGCUCGCGGACAGGCUAGACUUGGCCCCAGUUUUGCAGAGCCCCGACGGGAACUGGCUGGCCCUGAGGGGUGGCGUUCUGCUGGCCACACCUAAAAGCAGCACAUUUCAGGCCCUGGAGGCCGCCUCCAGCGCAGCUGCCUACGAUGUGUUGGGCUCUGACAGCGAGGAGGAUCUGGACUGGAGUGAGACCUCGACCAUGCUGUGCCCACGGCCCCGAGGCCAGCCCAGGGACCCCCAGCCCCGGCUCAGGCAGGCCCAGGGCUCAGCCCAGGGCCCCUCAGCCUCCUCUGCCCCCUCUGGCCUUUCCCCCAGCCCCGAGGCCAUGUUUUCUGACUCAGACACAUCCUCAGCAGAGUCUUCCCGGGAAGCGGGGGGCCAGGCUGGACCAUCCUGGUGGCAGAGGAAGGCCCCCAGGGACCUGGAAGCUGAGAAGAUGCGCCUACAGGGAGAACUGGACGUGAACUUCAACCCGCAGCCUGCCAGCAAGGAGACCUCAGAUAACAGAGACCGUGGCGAGGCGCCCCGUGCAGCAGACCGGCAGGCCAGGGCGGGGAGAAGGGCCCAAGUGGGUUCGGAGGAGCCAAGCAAGGAAUUAUAUUCCCCCAACGCCCCUUCCCAGGAGCUGGAGACGCAUCAGGCGUGGGCUGACUUGUCAGAGAAUGAUGUCGUUAAUGAGGCUGUGCAGCCGGAGACCCACACAGUCGCCACAGACAAGAAACUGAGAAACAGGUUGUACGAGCUAGCAGCGCAAAUGAAUGAGAAGGACACUUCUUCAGGGGAGGACCAGGAAUCUGAGCCUAAGACAGAGCCUGAGAACCAGAAGGAAAAUCUGUCCUCUGAGGACAACAGCCAGAGCGUCCAGGAAGAGCUGCAGAAGAAGUAUUCUGCUGUUUCUCUCUGCAACAUCUCCACAGAAGUCCUGAAAGUCAUCAAUGCCACAGAGGAGCUGAUAGCAGAGUCGGCAGGGCCCUGGGAGUGCCCACCUGCCCCUCCCAACAGAGAGAAGGGGACAUUUCCUCUUGGGACAGACCAAUUGAGACUGGAUGAGCAGCUGACCUCCCUGGAAGAAAAUGUGUACCUGGCGGCAGGCACUGUGUAUGGACUCGAAGGCCAGCUGACUGAACUGGAGGAUGCCGCCCGCUGCAUCCACAGUGGCACUGAUGAGACUGAACUGGCCCAUCUGGAGGACCAGGUGGCCACGGCUGCAGCCCAGGUCCACCAGGCUGAGCUCCAGAUAUCUGAUAUCGAGAGCCGGAUUUCAGCCCUGACCAUUGCAGGAUUAAACAUAGCUCCGUGUGUGCGCCUCACCAGAAAACGAGAUCAGAAGCAAAGGAACCAGGUACAAACCAUAGACACAUCAAGGCAGCAGAGGAGGAAACUGCCAGCUCCACCUGGGAAAGCUGAAAAAACGGAGGCAUCUUCAGUGACCAUUAAAACAUUUAACCGCAACUUCGUUCUCCAAGGCUCCUCGAUAGACAGGACUGUAGAGAGGAAAAGCUCCAGCAAGGACUCGCCGGAGCCUGCCCAGGAGUCGGCUGCCAUGUAUUAGCGCCAUGGAACCCCACUGCCAGUGACCCACUGCCGCCAGCCGUACCCAACAGUGCCUUGACCCACAGCCACCAAAGCCUGCACGGAUUUCCACCUGAGGAGAGAGCCUGGGAGGCUCAGUGCCACUGCCCACUGCAAGGGCUGCCCGAUACCUAGGCCCAGUGCCCUCCCAGAGCCAGCAUGGCGCUGGCGUCCGCUCUCUGCCUUAGGCCCCCAGGGAAUCCGAGAUGCUGGCAGCCAACAGCAGAGCUCCACCUUUUCCCAGGUUGCUUUGCUGCUGUGUGUUGUCUUAGUUUUUUUUUUUUAAUCCCUUGGUUCAACUAGAAUCACAUGUCAAGUAUUUCUCCAAAGGAAAAUGGCUGGGGUGGGGGCGCGGAGGGGAGGGAGAUGGGUACUAUCAUUUCAUCUGUUACCAGUUCUCGUUAGUCACUCACAAGCACCUUUGUCCUACCAAUGCUAAGGGGAAGUGAAGAUGCCCCUGUAUGCACAAGCAACUGUCUACUUUGGGGAACACUCACCCAUCCAGGAUGCAGGUCUCCCUUCAGCCACCUCCUUCCUGCUAGACUGCCUGCAGCCCUCCCUGCCAUUCCCAUGGCUUGUAGUCAAGCCAGAAUACAAGCUCUGAUUCACCCGUGCCCUGCCAGGUCCUCCUGCAACAACAUCCCCUUGAGGACAUGCGCUUCUUCCCUGGACUUACUGAGGUUCCCCACUCCGAAGGGGAGGGGGCUUGACUUAACUUUGUGGCCCUGUCCAGAAUCAACAUGAUGCAGCCCAGCAGUGGCCACAGAUGAGAGUCAGGUAAGUGGGUUCCUUACCUAAAUGAACUACAACCAUGUCAGAAAAUGUCCUCCAAAAUUUAUUUCCCAAUAAAUAUUCAGCAAAAGUAGUAAAAUGAAAUGACUUAAAGAUAAAAAUUGUUAAGGAACAGCCUUAGAAAACAUACAGGUAAGAAGAAAACAAGGACAAACUAAAUUUAAUGAACACAAACGUCAACAUGAACUGCACAUUUGUGGUCUCAAAUGUAUGAUGGCCCAGAGUGUGUUUAAGCACAUGGAAUUGAAUUUCAUUUAACUGAACAUUAACAGCCUUUUUAAAAUUUGCCUCUGAUAUAUUCUAAAUCUAAGAAAACAGAAGGCAGGAGGCAGGGGAACAGCAUGACCAAUGUUUACUCAGCGACUGUGUGGAAGGAGGCAACACUCUCCUCAUUUCAUUCCUAUAGCAACCCUAUGCAGCAGGCAUGCCCACUUUGCAGAUUUGGAAACUGAGGGCCAAAGAGAUUACUUUUCCCAAGUCACACCUUCAAGCUAAGUAUAACCAGGAUGCCUCCCAAAAGCCUCACUCUCUUUCCAACUCUGCAUCCUUGCUGCUGUGCACCUGACUGGGCCUGAUGUUCUGCCGAAGUGUGUGAUGACCCACUCUUGACAGGGGUCUACCUACCUUCCAAUAAUACUCCUUGUCGAUGCUGUGUAUGUGGUAAACAGAAAUGACUCCUUUGAAAUAAACUACAUCUUUGGAUUUUUGUUCUGUUGGUGUGACUCAAAGAAAACAUACAAAAUUUAAAAACACUACGAAAAAAAGGUCUGAGCUCCAAAUAGAACUCAGACCUUUUUUCUUUAAGAGGCAUGAAAAGCAACUAUUGUGUCACGGUGUUAAAAUAUUUCAAUUUUCUUUGACAAAAAUGUGUACUGUGUAAGCCUUGCGGAAAAAAAAAAAAGCAGCUGCCUGCUCUAUGGCAUUUGAAAUUUUAUAAAGGGUUCCUUGUGCCAAAUAAGUGCAAGUAUUUAAUUUACUAUUAGAAACCAUAAGCAUCUGUUAUAGUUCCAGAAGAAUUAUUUUAUCAUCAAGUGAUUUUGAUCUUCAGUGUCAAUAUUUAUAUUCAGAUUAAUUUUUAUAAAUGAAAAUAUUUUAAUGAUCUAAGAAAAUGCAAAGAGGCCCAUGUCUUAAUGAUUUCUGAAAUGCUUGCCUUCAUGUGACAUGCACAUUGCCAAGACUUACUGUCAAAAGACAUGAUUAAGAAGUAAAAGUCAUUUAUGAAAAUCA